ACAACCAUGGGCAACUUUGCGAAACUUGCAGAGGGAACUCAGCUUCCUGUAGGCAGCCACCAGGUUACUGUGCUCAAAUACCUUUCUGAGGGGGGCUUUGCGCACAUUUACAAGGUGCACAUUGAACCCCCUGAACAAGACUCGGACAUUGCGUGUUUGAAACGAGUGAUUGUUCCCGACAAGGCCGGAUUGAACCAGCUCAGACGCGAGGUUGAUGUGAUGAAGACACUUGCUAAGGGGAGAAACAUUGUCAAGUACUACGACUCGCAUGCGGAACGGUUGGCAGACGGUACUUAUCAAGUACUUGUUCUUAUGGAAUUGUGUCCCAACAAAUCUCUCUUAGAUUAUAUGAAUGCUAAGAUCAAGACCAAGCUCAAUGAGCAGGAAAUCUUGACAAUCAUAUUUGACAUUGGCUUGGGGAUUUAUGAAAUGCAUUUGUUACAAUUGGUCCACCGUGAUAUUAAGAUUGAAAACGUGUUAAUUGAUGCACACCAUCGGUUUAAACUAUGUGAUUUUGGACUGACCCUGUCACCGGUAUUACCACCUCAAACCCCGCAGGAAUUCCAAGCCAUUAGCCAUGAUAUUUUGUACCAAACCACACCGCAAUACCGGUCUCCGGAGAUGUUGGACUUGUAUCGUGGCUUCCCUAUUAAUGAAAAGUCUGACAUUUGGGCUUUUGGAUGUUUCUUGUACAAGCUUUGUUAUUACACCACCCCAUUUGAAGCUAAUGGAGAUGCUGCUAUUUUGCAUGCUUCAUUCCAUUUCCCUCCCAAACCUGAAUAUCUGGGUGAUUUGAAGAACUUAAUUAUUAUAAUGUUACAAGAGAAUCCAUUAUUCCGUCCGAACGUGGUUCAGGUAUUGAUGUUGGUUAGCAAAUUAAGAGGCAUUGAUUGGAAAGAAGUGAAGGUUGAUGAUAUAUAUAAGGCUGGCGAGUAUAAUUUCAAAGCCUUACAUGCAUAUCAACAACAAAGGUACGAAGAGCAACAACUACAACAACAACAACAACAACAACAACAACAACAACAACAACAACAACAACAACAACAACAACAACAACAACAACAACAACAACAACAACAACAACAACAACAACAACAACAACAACAACAACAACAACAACAACAACAACAACAACAACAACAACAACAACAACAACAACAACAACAACAACAACAACAACAACAACAACAACAACAACAACAACAACAACAACAACAACAACAACAACAACAACAACAACAACAACAACAACAACAACAACAACAACAACAACAACAACAACAACAACAACAACAACAACAACAACAACAACAACAACAACAACAACAACAACAACAACAACAACAACAACAACAACAACAACAACAACAACAACAGCAACAACAACAGCAAAAACAACAACAAUAUCAUCAGCAACGUCAACUGGCCCCAGUAUCCAACAUCCCGACCCCUGUACAACCCGGGGCUCCAGCAAUCGCUGCUGGUGGUCCUUCAAUUCACCCUGGCGCGCCAGCUUCUCUUCACCCAGGUGGAAAGGCUAUGGCUAUUUCAACAAGUAGAUCUUCUUCACUUCAUCUGGAAUCAAGAGUUUCAGGAGGUUCUGCUACCGCGGGUGCUCCUUCAGCAAAUGCCCCCAGAGAACUCUCUAGAAACCCAAGUAAUACCAAUCUUCCUCCAUCCUAUUAUCCUGAUUUAGACGACUUGGAAAAUGUUGAAGAGAGAUACCCAUCACUUGAAAACUUGUCAAUCCAACCAAAAUCAACACUGGUCCAUCCUUCAGUAUCAUCUCCCGAACCCCAAGAAUUUGCAUUUGCUCAACCCGUAGCACCACCACCACCACCCCGGAUAAAUAUACAACCACCACCAGUCUUAAGCCCAAUAGAACUCAAGAAGCUUUCUACAGAACAACUUCAAGCGUAUAAUUAUCAACAUCAAGCGUAUCAAUAUGAGGUGAACCGCAUCCAACAAGACUAUCAACGUCAAUUCCAACAAUAUCAACAACAAUACCAACUGUAUAACCAGCCAGAACCCGCAAGACAAUCAUUUGAUAAGAAGGAAGCGUGGGAAACCCAAGGAACGGUCAUAAAUGGUGAUACUGAGAAAUUGGUUAGUGAUAUCUUCGGUGCUGCUCCUUCUACAUCAGGAUCAACAACUGGUGAAGAAGAGUCCAGACAACUUACUAGAUCGCACACACAUCAAAGCAUAAAAUCGGAAAGAAGUCAAGUAGGCGAAUUCGACAAAGAAAAGGAUAAGGAAGUGUCUAAGGAAGACUUAAGAGGUAAUGAAGAAUCUUUGGAAGAUGACGUGCAGAACCAAGAAGACGUUUUACAAUCAGACAACGAUAUACCAUUAGGUAGUGACUUGGAUGAUGAAGAUUUGAUUGACUUUGAGAAGCAAUUCCCCGAAGCUGAAGAUCAUAAGAUCAAUUUUGAAGAAAAUGUGAAGAUUGAACCACGAGUUGAGAAGACUGACCGUAGCGAAUUGGUGGACAAAUCUGAUCAAAUUGAGAAAUUGGAUAAACUUGACGAUGUUGAAUCAAAUCAGAAAGAGUCAAUAAAGGGCAAUGAUAUCCCCAAAGCAAAAAAUCCAUUUCCAAGGGAUGAAAAAAUUUCUCCUCCUUCUGAGACUGUGAUUCCUAAAAGUGCCAAUCCAUGGGGUCAAUAUACUAAGAAAACAGAUAAUAAUGUUCUUUCUCUGCCAUCAGUCUCUAAUUCACCAUCGAUGAGUAAGAUUGGAACUCUUCCAGUCCCUGUUUCUCUCUCAGACCACAAUUCAGCAAACAAAAUGAAACCACCUGCAAUUCCUUCUUCACUUUCAACUUCUCCUUCUGUGAAAGCAGGACACCCCCCAACCCCUUCACCUCCAGUUCAUCAGACUUCUCAGGACACAAAGAGUACUCCUUCUAUUUUAGGAACGUUUAACGUACCUCCACCUGCAAGUUCGAAUCAUUUCACUUAUCCCGUGGGAAGACCUGAAGGAGUAAACGAGGAAAUUCCACCACAACUUCCUUCUAGAAAUGAAAAGCCCCCUAUCAGAACCGAGGCAAGCCCACAAGUGGCAGCUACUGUUGAAACUCAAGCAAACCCACCUGUUAUGAACUUGAUAGAUUUGGAAGUUGGUUUAGAAUCUACAUCUGCAUCAGGCUCAUCUACUCCUGCUUUGAACCCUAAAAAGUUGUACUCCUUGGAACAAGAAGAAUCAUUAUUGGAUUUAAAUAUAGAAGAAGAUAUGCCUCGUUCGUAUAAAAAGAGGAUCUCUUCUGGGGCACAAAUCCCAUCAAAUUUAAACUUUCAAGAGGAAGUUAUCGACUUUGCUUCUGAUGAUGAAAAUCCCGAGAAUAGUUCUAAGAUGAAUAGGUUGUCUAUUCGUCAUUCUUUGAAGAAACCUACAAGACGAUCAGGAGGAAGCGACCGAAGAUCAGGGGAACAUAAGCGCAGCGAGAGUAGCGGGGGUGAGAAUAGAAAGAGAUUGUCAUUAUUUCACUCUCAAUAG